CCGCGGUAACACUGCUAGAAGCGGCCAUCAUUGUGACGAAAAAAAAGUAAAUGUGGAAUUAUAUAUUCUUGGCUGCCCUUAAGACCACCAAGCCAACGUGCUAACAACUUCAGGUAAAAGUGAUAAUCAAGCUGCAGCAAAUAUCUUCAAGUUGCGCAAGGACGGUGGGUAGAAGCCCCAUUUCCGAUCGGGCCCCGACACACAGCAUAGCCAUAGCCACACAUUGAAGGCGAAAGCGACGCGCGACAGGCGGCAGUCUGACAGUCGGGGCAGACAGAUAGAAGAAAUUCGUCAACGAUUGAUUCCCGGUGGCGGUGCUGAAAGAGGUGCCGAUCUGGUGGCACAUUCGCGUGUCCCUGCCCGCGACCGCUCCUCUCGCCCCAGUCGUCCCCAUCCAUAGGAACAAAGCGAACGGAGUUGCUGCUGCCCCACAAGGGAUAAGGCUAGCCCAUGCACACCAUGGAGUCGGAUGACUCUCGCGCCAGCUCGAACCCGUCCAUCUCAAGCGAGUCACGCUCGAACUCACCCAUAAAGGACACGGGUGUUGGUGCGGACGAGGACGCAUCUAGCCAUGCGGCUGAAACGACAUCCAACGACGCUGCAUCGGCCGCCGCUGCUGCAAUGAACAGAUCCCGACGUGCGGACUCCACGAGCAGCUCCUCAUCGAACUCAAGCUCCAGCUCGAACCGCAGCCAAAGGUCCAAGUUGCAGAACAAGAGCUCGAGCAGCAGCUCGGGCAGCGUCAGUGAUAGCAGCAGCAGCAGCAGUUCCGGCAGCGAGGACGAAGCGGACCCAGAACCAGAACAACAACCAGAUCGUGCUGUCAACGAGCUUCCGCGUGACCGAGAGGAGACCGAGACCACCGACUCGAGGCCCGACUCAGUGCCACCGACGGCUGGGGGCAGUGUCGGCUCUCCAAAUGCCGCCACCAAAUCACCACAAAACUCGCUGCUCUCCUCCGUGAGAAGUCGCAGCAAUAGCCCACAGUUGUACAAUCAGGCGGCUGUUGAUCUCAACAUCAGCCACGAGGAUUUGAGCGAUGUGAGUGAAAUUGACACAGACGAGAAGCGGGCGUCGUCGAAGAACUCACUUCAUCCCGAUGUAGAUGAUGAUGAUGAUGGGGCCAUUUCCAAUGACACACUGCCAGGUCUGGGCGAUGAUGAUGAGGAUGCCGAUGAUGCCGAUGAUGCCGAUGCCGCUGCUGCUGCUGCCAUUGACGAUGGAAAUGGCAAACUUAAUGGCAAGGCUCCACGGAUAAACAGUCCGCUGGAGAGAGGAGGCGGCGACUCACCCACAGAAUCAAAUACUGAGGACAGCACUAAUGGCAGGGAUGUGCCGACAACGGCAAGGCUGCAGGAGGAGGAUCUUGUCAAGACACACGACGAUGAUGCUCUCGACUUUGAGGCGGAGGAGGGCGAGUGUCCAGACAUAGCCAGAGAUAGGGACCAGGAUCAGGAUCAGGAUCAGGACAAUGCCGAUGCAAAAGCCAAUCAAACAAACGCAACAUCAAAGGGAAAGAGAAACUCAUUGUCACCCACAUCCAAUAGGCACUCGGACGAUGACGAUGGCGAAGUGGAUGCCGGCGAAAAGGAGGCCAAAGAGGGUGGCACUGUUGGCGAUGACGAUAAAAAUGGCACACUGGAGGUGGAGAGUGCCGCAGAGAUUGCCGCCGCCGCUGCCAAAAAGAAAAAGGACGAGGAGGAGCUGGAGGAGGGCGAGGUGUCCGAUGAGGACGAGAAGCGCCCCGAGGAAACCGAACCGAAGCCCAUUUGUAGAUUUUACACGCGCGGACAGUGCACCUGGGGCAUGAGUUGCCGCUUCCUGCAUCCCGGUGUCACCGACAAGGGAAAUUACACAAUGUUCGAGGGUCUCGUUCGAUCUGUGCCCAUGCAGGGCGGCAGCGGUGGAGGCGGCGGCGCUGGCGGUGGCGGAGGUGGUGGCGGUGCUGGUUCUGGCGGCGGCGGCGGCGGUGGCAGUGGUGGUUCUGCCCCGAGACCCGUCAGUGCGUAUGCCCCACAUGCUGCAGCGCCUGCGGACUAUCACGAUUAUCGGAAUGAGAGGCCGCCGCUGCAUCAUCGACCGCCGCCGGUGCAUCAUGCGCCGAGCAUGUAUGCAAAUCAUCAUGAGGCCAGGCCCGUUCUGCUGCCAGAGGGACCCGUUGUGGUGGAGAAUGCCUGGGAGCGGGGACUGCGCACGGCCAAGGAGAUGAUGCGGAAGGCGAACAAGCGGAAGGAGCAGGACAUGGACUUUGAGGACAAGAAAAUGAACCUAACCCUCUCGCCUGACGAGCUUGAGAAGGAUCCGUACUACCUCAAGGAACGGGGAAACAACAGCAGCCCGUCCGGGCUCAGCUCACCGACACCAGCACCGGUGCGUGAGCAGCAACUUGCACUACCACUACCCAUGCAUCUACCAGCAUCAUCUACCGGCAGUCAUGCUAAUUCCCGCGCUCUCUUCCCCUUGCAGUACCCAAUGUACGGUCCACCGGCGCCGGAGCGUUACGGCCGGGCACAGUAUAUGCCGAUGCCGUACGAGGAUGUCGAUGCGUAUGGCAGAAUGACCAGAUAUCGGGAGCUGCCGCCACAUCGUAUGCCACACUAUGAGGACGAUCGUCGUCUGCGUCCCGCACGCGAGGUGAUCGUACAGCGUGUGGAGUCUGCGGGUGGCAGGGGCGAUGAGUGGAGCGAUCCCUGGAUGAGAUCCAAAUCGAUGGGACGUGGCUCAUACGAUCGGGACGAUCGCCGCAGACGAGACCGCAGGAGCUACACAUCCAACACAUCAUAUUCCAGUUCAAACAGUUCUCAGAGCGACUCCAGCUCGGACUCGUCUCGUUCCAGCAGUGCCUCGGACCACAAGCGACGCGGCGGCGGAGGUGGCGGCGCUGGUGGCUACGGCGGUGGCGGCGGUGGCUCGCACAAGGUGCCUGCCUCUGCCAGGCGUCCGGCAGCAGGACGAGCGGUGCGUUCGCCCAGCCAGAUACCCCGUCGACGUCGAAACUCGACCAAGGCAAGCCCCUCACCGUCCUACAAGAGAGGAGCUGGCCUGGAAAAGCGUAUCAGUCCCGUCUCGAAGCGGAAGAAGGUAACGUCGCCUUCGCCCAAGAAGUUCGACAAGAGGAGACGCGGUCGCAGCUCCACAUCAUCGGAAUCAGAUUCCUCGGAUACCUCGUAUUCAGAUUCAGAAUCGGGAUCUUCAUCGUCAACGACAUCGUUGGAGUCGCCGCAGAAGCGUGUACGGGCCACAGACAAGGCGCUCAAUGAGCGUAAAUUAAUUAAAAAGCCCGCUGAACAAGCGACCAAAAAGCGUUCGCCGAUUUCCAUUGAGAUUAAGAAGCCAUCGACAAUGGUGGGUGUGUCUGCGCUGUUAUCGCCAAUUCCCUCAGGCGAAACGGACAACAAGCGUGGUCAUUCGCCCAUCAAGGAUAAGAUCAAGGAAAAGGAUAAGGAUAAGGACAAAGACACGGAUAAGGAUGGCGGCGGCAAACAUUCAAGAAGAGAGGAGUUGCUCAAGCAGCUGCGUGCCGUCGAGGAUGCGAUUGCCAAGAAGCGAUCAAAGCUCACCUGAUUGCCACUGGCAACACCACCACCACCUAUUCUCCUCAUUGCACUUAUCGUAGUAGUCAUCGUUGCCCCACGCAUAAUUAUACUUCCAACAAAAAACCCAAAUCCAAAUCUGAAUUCAAACCGAUUCGCUUGUAAUCUGCAGCAGGAGCUCCAACAUCAGCAGCAGUGGAAGUUCCCACACAUGGAAGAUUAUUAUUUACAAGAAAUACAACCUAGAUGUUAUGCAACAUUCGCAUCGUAUUCGUUAUUCGAUUUGAUGGCUGGCCGGUGCCCUAUUGGAGCCCAGUUGAGCGCAAUUCAAACUACAAUACGCAUUACAGUGCAUUUAGACACACACAAAAAACGAAGAAAAACAAAUCACUUUUUCCGCUUUCCCAUUAUUUUUUUUUGUUUGUUUCUCUCCGCCUUGACUACCACCAAGAAAUGAUGGAACAUUUAAUUAAUUGUUUAUAAUAGGUCCUAAAUAAAGUCUAACACUUACAAUGUUC